AUGCAUGAUCCCCAUCGACAGCCUGCCUUGCCCCCUUCGUCAGCGCAUCCGUCUUUCGCGCCCUAUCCGCCGCGAGAACCUGUCGUGAAGAGAGACCCAGGCGAGGACAACUCUCUUCCCCAGCUGCGCCGACCGAACUCGACCGGUACUGCUGCCGACGGUCUCCCGCCGGGGCCUCACGGUCCUCCGCACCCCAAUCCUCAGCCUCCAGACGACCCGCGACGACAUAUGAGCUUCAACGACGGGCCUCCUACCAUGCCGCAUUCGCCGGCCAUGUACCGGCCACCUCAGAACUACCACCCCCCACCCCCUCCCACGCCCGUCGCUCAGCAUCAGUAUGAGUCCCCUCACGUGUACGGCCCGCCGGGCUCUAUGUACCCUACGCUGGAGAUCGCGACCAGCGCCAAGCGAAAGGCUCAGCGCGCCUCCCAGGCAUGCGACAGUUGUAGGCAGCUCAAAGCAAAAUGCGACGAGACUAAGCCCUGUAAAAACUGCCGGGAGAAGAACAUAGAAUGCAAAUAUCGUGACCCGCCCGCGAAACAGCCGGACAAAGUCACCGCAGAUAUGAUGGAGAUGCUCGCCUCCAUGAGGGAGGAGAUCACCAGCGGCCUCUCGGCGCUGAAGGAGGAGCUUGCCGGGUUGCGGCAGGCCAACUACGCCCAGAAUCAGCGGGUGAUGAACUUGGAGACGAAGCUCAGGGAGCUCAACCCCGAUUCCGACAUGAAAGUCGAGUCGAUCGAGGAAGAGGAGCACCCGGAUUUUCGAGAGUCGUCCCUACCGGCUGCUAAGGCGCCGGGCGAGGAAUCGCUCUCGUCUCCGGGAGGCACUGCCGUGGAGCCGAAUCUGACCAUAGACGAAGCCCACGCCACGCUCCAGGAAGCGAACGACGACGAGAUGGAAGAUAACCCGGGCCCGCUCGUGACGCCCGGGAAGCCGGCCAUGCCGCCGAACCAUACGACGUUAGCCGGCCUGCUCUUGAAGUGGCCGUCGAUUCAGACGAUGGUCCACCAUCUGAUGGAUGCCGAGAAUAUCCGUCACCCUGAGGAGUACCCGAUCCGCCAGGAGCAACAGCGCGGCAUGCUUCGCGUGUUUGGGAGAGGCGAGGGAUUCGACCACGACAUCCGAGCCUCCGACAAGGAAACUCCGCCAGACCAUACGAUGACGGAUCUCAUGGACGACUGCUCAGACGUGGCGUCCCCCUCGCCGAUGGGAGAGGUUUGGGGCCAGGUCGGCAGCUUAACUCCGCCUCCCGGGGUCGAAUACAAGGGAGGCGUCGUGAACGUGGACGGGAAUCCGGACUGGGACUCGAACAAGAUUUGGAAAUACGUCCAGAGCUUCAAGGACAAUAUUCUCAACAUGCAUCCCAUAAUCAUCCCUAGGGAGCUCAACGCGAUGGUCAAAGUGUUCCUCGAGACCUUGCCGAAAUCCCAGUUCAGCCAGGUCACCAAAGUCGGGAGCGCGAGGUUUGUGAACCAAGCGAGCGCCAUGCCUCUCACCUUUUCCGAGACAGGGACGAAGAGGAAGCGGUCACCUGCCGCGGACGACCAAACCCCGUCCACGUCCUUCGUCAAGCCCGGCCGACCAUAUCGGAGCGUUAACAGCGCUCUCGUCCUUAUGGUUUUCGCGCUAGGAAAGAUCUGCCUCCACAAGGAGAAGAUCCCAGACGCCGUUCACGAGUCGGACUCCCCGAUGCACCAUUCGCCCUCGGUUCGCAACGGCGUUCUGGCUUCUCCGCUGCAGGGCUCGCCCCCAGGGCUGACGUCUCAGUCCCAAUCCUCGAUGCCCUCUCCCAAGGAGAGCGACCGGAUUCCGAUGAGCCGACGGUCCUCUCUGCAGGGAAACCUGCCGAUAUUAAAGGGUCCCCACUCGCACCGGCGAAACCUCGAUGUGAUACCUGGCCUCGAAUACUUUGCUCUCGCGAUGGAUAUCAUGGGAACUCACAUUGGCGGCUUUAAUCUUAAGCACAUAUACGUGCACAUAUUAGCAGGGCUUUUCUAUGGACAGCUCGGUCGUGUCCUGGAGAGUUGGUCGUACAUCUCCCUCGCAAGCAGGAAUCUACAGGUCAUACUUCGACCGAGUCUCGACCGCCUGUCGAAAUCGCACGAGCAAGGCCAAAGUAUCGGCCAGUCACGUAGGGACAAUCAGUUGGCGUUCGCUUUCUGGACAUGCCUGCAACUGGAGAGCGAUAUUCUCGCCGAGCUACCCCUGCCCCAAUCGGGGAUAUUGCAGUAUGAGGAUAGGAUGCCGUAUCCUAACUCAGAGUAUGCAGUCAAUCAAGGCUUCCAGUCCCACAUAGUAACCGGUUAUAUCGCGCAGCUGUAUCUUCGGAAACAGUUGAACCAGGUGCACAACCUACUCUACGACCCGGAGAAGCAGAGGAAUGGGAUCACGUUAGACGACCCGGCGAUUGAGCAAGGCAUCAAAGGAAUCGAGGAGAUGCUUGGGAACUCGCGACAUCGCUGGGUCCCCGCUAGUUAUACUUGGGACGACCACGACCCUCCAGCGAGCGAUAUCCUCGGCGCCCGCCUCCGUGCGAAAUAUUGGGGUUCGCAGGUGAUUCUGUACCGACCAUUCCUCAGGGCGAUACUCGAGAGGAACCUCCGACAGCAUGCUAACCAGGCGGGAUCUCCAAAUAUUCAGGCGCCCCUCGGCCUCGAUGACCCGCCUCCGAACUUGGAUGGCAGGAUCCUCAAGUACGCUAGCCUGGCAAUUUCUGCUCUUAUCGAGAGCACGCGGGCAUUCCACGGAAUCCCCAACAGCCAGCGCAUCAUCAUUACGAACGUCUUUGGGACCGCUCACGCGCAAUGGGGUAAUCUCCUAACUCUCGCAGCGUGUUACAGGGACAGGUACCUCCACCAGUUUAUCGACACGGAGACUCUGAGAGACUUGUUUUCUCGGACGAUCUCCUUCUUCCAGACGAUCGUUCAGCCUACGAGCGCGCUCAAGUCGGAUAUGAACAUCUUAAUCGGGUUGGCGAAGGAUCUCGGGUUCACUCGGGAGGAGCACGACGCGGUGGUCUCGAGCUUUUCCAGCAUUUCCAGCAGCGCCCCUCUUCCGCCCAUCCACAAUCCUGUCGACAACUUCCACACGCCCUUGUCGUCCGUGUCGGGGCGUCCGCCGCAUUUCCCUCCGCCGCAAUCGAUGCCUUGAAGAAGCUGGGUCAGCGGGAUCGCAAAAGUCCGACCCCGAAAAAUACUUGGAAUUGCGAGCGACACCCGACGAUGGCAAGGAAC